AUCAGAGUCUCUCAUCUUCCACUGGGAUGCAAAACAACUCCGGAGAGGAAGACGGAAAGCUGCCGUUCACCAUAGUCUAAACCAACUGUGACUCCCUUCCACCUGUGGACUGUCUGGGUGGAUCAGUAAACACUAGUGGUGACGGGGGCCGUGGUAAUUUCAAAUCUUACAUUUGCCAGGACCUUGUCAGCAACUCCCAGCCUGUGGACUAUCAGGGCCUAGGCAGGUUGACUAGGACUGAGUGGAAUCAUGGCCAAUUCGACUCUGGAGAUCGUCGCCUUGUUGCUGAGCCUCGUCGGUCUGAUCGGCACAGCGGCCACCACUGGGAUGCCCAUGUGGAAGGUGACCGCAUUCAUCCAGGAGAACAUCAUCGUCAUGGAGACCCGCUGGGAGGGCCUGUGGAUGAACUGCUAUCGGCAGGCCAACAUCAGGAUGCAGUGCAAGGUGUAUGACUCCCUGCUGUACCUGCCUCCCGACCUGCAGGCUGCCAGGGGCUUGAUGUGCUGUGCUGUGGGCCUUGGGGGCGUCGGCCUGCUGAUCUCCAUCGUGGGGCUGCAGUGCACGGCCUGCAUCCAGAACAACGACCGGGCCAAGCGCCUGGUGCUCAUUGUGUCCGGCAGCACCAUCAUUGCGGCGUGCAUCUGCUGCCUCAUCCCGGUCUCCUGGACGGCCAACGUGAUCAUCCGCGACUUCUACAACCCGCUGCUCAUCGACGCCCAGCGCCGGGAGCUUGGGGAGGCGCUCUACAUCGGCUGGGUCUCCGCCGCCUUCCUGUUUGCUGGGGGCUGCAUGUUCUGCUGCUGCAACAUCCAAAAGGAUGAGAGGGAGUACGGCUACGCGUACUCCAAGAACAAUGGUAGCGAGUACACAGCCUACACGCCUCAGCCACAGUAUCUGCCGCAGUACCAGUUACAGCCGAGGCAGCCGACAAACUACAACUACGCAGGCUCAUACCACUACCCCUCCAGGCACCCGUCUGUACACAGCGCCAUGGCCUACCUUUGAGCCGUCUGACUGAGGGAGGAAGACUAGCAUUCGUGACUGCAGGUGAUCAAUGGCUACUGAGAGACUUAGGUUCACGUGGGUAGGGCAUUUCGGAAAUUAUAAAAAAUAAAAAGAUGAAGUGAUACCAAACCAGAAUAUGAGGGUGAAUAUGUUUAUUGUGAAUUUGCAAACGAGAGGAUUUGAAGAAGACAAUCGUGAAAUUGGGGGAUUAUAAGGAUUCACCAGUGAUGCUUUUCAGCAGUGAUCUAAUUAAUUUCAGCAGUGAUCUAAUUAAUUUCAGUUGUGACAAUAAUUCUUACCAGUUGUGAUAUAAGGUGUCUGAUUUAUUUUUAGAAAGCUUUUUUUAAAUACUACAUUUAAAAUAUAAUACUGCAUUUAAAAUAUAAUAACAUGUUUAUAAUAAUUAAAUCCUUUUUAUAUGGUCACCACAGGUGGGGUGUAAGCACAGAUGUUUAUAGUGAUUGACACGUUUUGUUGGUGUUGUUGUGUAUUAUUGUUACCCAUAAUUCCCCUUUAGGCAAUGUUGACAUUAUACAAAAUGUGUUAUUUUAUAUCGGGAAACAUUGUUUGGUUAAGUUCGUUUCCAAACGACACCAUAGCUUUUGUCAAAAGCGGUGUAUUUCAAAGGGAACAGGUUGCCAUGUCCAACUGUGAUAUUCUUUGCUUUAUUCCACAAAUUCAUUGGUAUCUGGUUAGACUUUAACUUUAAGGUAUCGGUUGACUGCAUGUAGUCACUAGACAUUCAGGCAAAUGUGUUCUGGGAGUGGCACAGCACUGGCCGUGUUUACAUACUAACUCCUCUGGUUACCUUUAUUAGAUCCCGCCUGUUGCCUGUGUACAUUGGUACCAUUCUGAAAUACCACAGUGUUGUUUAUCCACAACAAGGGCACACGUUAAUGCUACACCUCAAUACAUCUAUACGUCCACAUUUUACAUUUAGCAGAUACAUUCAUCUAGCAGAUACUUUUAUCCACUGUGAUUCACAUUCAAUAUUUGGCAUUUAACUUUCAAUGUAUAAAUCUCGGCACUUUGGAGAAUACAUCCUUGACAUUCAGACUACAAGCCCCUCCUCACACAUUAUGAAAUAGUGCCUGCAUUUGUACCCAGACCAGUGAGAACUAUUUGAAUUACGUUUAUUGCAAAGUUGGGACAAGAAUUGCAAUUUGGGUCAAACCCGUUUGGGGCACAACUGUGUGUGUGGGGAUGUGCUGACCGCCUCAGGCCCAUAGGAUCAGACAGAGUGAAAGCAAAUACAUAACCCUGUGUAAAGACCGGUUAGUGAAGGUGUGUGUGUCAAAGCAGCAGGGUGGAACAGAAGACGACAGAGCAUACAGAGCAGAGGGAAAAUAACCAGGAGUGGGUUGGGGUUUGCAUGUCACUUCGGAGAGAGUAAAAGUCCUCUACAUUUAAAUGUCGUUUCAUUUCAAUACAUUUCUGAUCAGCCUUUCAGCUGGUUAUAGACAGGCUUUGGCUGGGCAACUCAAUGACGUUCUUGGCUCUUGAAGCCAUGUCAGAAUAUUUUCAUAUUUAUCUUAUCACCCGCAGCACAUUUCUGUCAUUUCCUUGAAGCUAAUCUAAUAAAAUGUCUUAAUGUUUCAUACCACUGUGUAUAUAAAAGUAAAUUAUUUUGAAGGAAGCAAUGUAAGUAUGAUAUGCAUAUUUUUGAUUAAACGAUAUAUCGA